AUGGCCGCGCACGGGAAACUGCGCAGGGAACGGGGGCAGCAGACUGAGUACGAGUCACAAGUCAAAGCAGAGAUCCGCUGGCAGCUGAGUGAGCAGCUGCGCUGCCUGGAGCUGCAGGGGGACCUACGACGGGAGCUGGUGCAGGAGCUGGCGGAGUUCAUGAGGAGACGCGCAGAGGUGGAGCUCGAGUACUCGCGAGGCCUGGACAAGCUGGCUGAGCGCUUCUCCAGCCGAGGAGGCCGCCUAGGCGGCAGCCGAGAACUCCAAAACUUCCGGAAGGAGCCGUCCCUCCUGUCACCCUUGCAUUGCUGGGCCGUGUUGUUGCAGCAGACCCGGCAGCAGAGCCGGGACAGCGCAGCCCUCAGCGAGGUGCUGGCCGGGCCCCUGGUCCAGCGUCUGACCUACCUGGCUGAGGACACGGGGCGCAUUGUCAGGAAGAGUAGGGAGCUGGCCCAGCAGCUACAGGAGGAGCUCCUGGAGGUGGUCUCGGAGCUGCAGACGGCCAGGAAGACCUACCAGGUGUACCGCUCAGAAAGCGUGAACGCCAAGACCAAGCUCCGGGAAGCCGAGCGCCAGGAGGAGAAGAGAGCAGGCCGGAGCACCACAGCCAGCACCACUGCAGUCAGCGAGGCAGGGCCGUGCCGGAAAACCUCCUUCAAGAAGGGCGGGCGGCUGGUGGAGAAGCGGCAGGCCAAGUACCUGGAGCACAAGGUCAAGUGCACAAAGGCUCGGAACGAGUACCUGCUCAGCCUGGCCAGUGUGAACGCAGCCGUUAGAAACUACUACUUGCAGGACGUGCUGGACCUCAUGGAUUGCUGCGGCACAGGGUUCCACCUGGCCCUAGGCCAGCUGCUCCGGAGCUACACGGUCGCCGAGAGCCGCACGCAGGCCUCCCAACUGCAGGGCUUGGGCAGCCUGGAAGAGGCUGUGGAGGCACUGGACCCCCCAGGGGACAAGGCCAAGGUGCUGGAGCUGCAUGCCACUGCCUUCUGUCCCCCACUGCGCUUCGACUACCAGCCCCACGAAGGGGACGAGGUGGCUGAGAUCCAGGCUGAGGCGGAGCUGUGGGACGAGGUACUGCCCAGGGCCCAGAAUAUCCGGAGCCGUUUGAGCCGGCAGACCAUUGAAACGGAGGAGGUAAACAAGACGCUGAAAGCCACCUUGCAGGCUCUGUUAGAACUGGUAGGAUCGGAUGAUGGGGACAUGCUCGACUCGCUCCAGGCCAGUCCUUCCACAGAGUCCCUCAAGUCCACGGGCUCAGACCCAGGCAGCCGGCAGGCUGGGCGCAGGCGUGGCCAGCAGCAGGAGACAGAGACCUUCUACAUUGCGAAGCUGCAGGAGUAUCUGAGUGGCCGGAGUGUCCUUGCCAAGCUACAGGCCAAGCACGAACAACUGCAGGAGGCUGUCCAACGAGGGGACAAAGAGGAGCGCAAGGAACCCCGGGUUCAGAGCUCCCAGCGAGCCCAGAGGAACCGUCACCCCCGCCCCUGCUCGCAGUACAACCAGAAGCUCUUCGGGGGAAACAUGGAGAAGUUCAUCCAGAGCUCUGGCCAACCUGUGCCCCUGGUAGUGGAGAGCUGUAUCCGCUUCAUUAACCUCAAUGGCCUCCAGCAUGAAGGCGUCUUCCGGGUGUCAGGCGCCCAGCCCCGCAUCUCGGAGAUUCGGGAAGCCUUUGAGAGAGGGGAGGACCCUCUGGUGGAAGGCUGUGGGCCCCAAGACUUGGACUCCGUGGCCGGAGUGCUGAAGCUCUACUUCCGGAGCCUGGAGGCUCCCCUCUUCCCCCCAGAUCUGUUCAGCGAGCUGCUGGCUUCCGCAGAGCUGGAGGACACGACCGAGCAGGCAGAACUCGUGGGUCGCCUUCUGGCUAGGCUGCCUGGGCCCAUCCUGGUGGUCUUGCGCUAUCUCUUCACCUUCCUCAACCACCUGGCCCAGUACAGCGACGAGAACAUGAUGGACCCCUACAACCUGGCUGUGUGCUUUGGGCCAACGUUGCUGCCCGUGCCUGCGGACCAGGACCCCGUGGCCUUGCAGGGCCGGGUGAACCGCCUGGUGCAGACCCUCAUCAUGCAACCCAUGGCCCACUUCCCGGGCCUGGCCGAGCUGCCUGGGCCCGUCUACGAGAAGUGCAUGGCCCCACCCUCUACCAGCUGUUUAGGGGAUGGACAGCUGGACAGCGUGGCAGGGGAGACUGAGCAGGAGGAUGGUGAGGAUGGGGCGGAGGGUCCCCACUCCCAGUCCAGUGCUCACUCCAACCCCUCCCAAGGCCCUGUUAUCCCCCCAGACCAGGAGGGGGUAGUGGAGGCAGUGGCCUGCUUUGCCUAUACGGGCCGCACGGCCCAGGAGCUGACAUUCCAGAAGGGGGACGUACUGCGGCUACACGCCCGAGCCUCAGACGACUGGUGGCGAGGCGAGUGUGGGGGCGUACGAGGACUCAUCCCCCACAGGUACAUCUUGCUGCCCGCCAGGGCAGAGAAACUUCUGGCAGGUCAAGGGCUGCAGGCCGCAGGGGACAGCGGUGUGGAGUCUAGCAAUCGGCCAGAGGCGAGCACACCACUGGAGACCAUGGGCACUUCGGGGUACAGACGACACUGCCUUGUCCCAGCCUCCCCAGACCGACAGGUGGAUGUAGACAAGAGCGUGGCGCAAACCAUGGACUCGGUGUUCAAGGAGCUCUUGGGGAAGGCUGCCGUCCGCCAGGGCCUUGGGCCCCUGUCGCCCAGUUCCAGCAGGCCUAGCAAGAGCAAGGGCUCCCCCCACAGCCCUGGAGCCCCAGCCUCCCCAGCCUCCCCUUCGGCAUCCCGUCCUCAGGGUCCUGAUUGGGUCAGCAAACCACGAUGAGUGCCAGUGGCUGAUUGAAACUCACUCUUCCCACCCACCUGCUUCUCCCUGCCCCUCCCAGUCAGCCCUUCGGUGCAGAGAAGGCCACAGGCUGUUCCCAGUGACCGCCCCUCCCUGGUGGCCCAGCACUGGCUUGGGUCCCUGUGGGAGGGAAAUGUGGGGGAGCUGCCACGACUCAUAAAGGUCCUGUGAUUCUUCCA